GGGGGGCAUUGGUUAGAGUCCCGUAUGUUUCGCAUUUCUUGUAGACGAGACAUGUCAAGAUAUACAUAAUACCCAUGUGUCAAAAUAUGUAUAAAGUGUUAAUUACUACGCUGUACUACGCUCUUUUAUUUAAUUAACAAUAAUAUUUAGAUGCGUGGUGAAUAUGGUGAUAAAUACAGUGCUAAAGGUUAGUCGUAAUAUUGUUAAAUAAUUUAUUGAAUAUCUGUGCGUGAGUUGUAAAAAUGUUGAGGCGACGACAUGUCAAUGUUAAAACAGUCAAGGAACUGGACGCGUUCCCGAAAGUUCCUGAGUUAUAUGUUAACAAAACUGCGGUUGGGGGAACAUUUUCUAUUUUUACAAUUCUCAUUAUCGCAUAUUUGGUAAUAGCUGAAACGAGCUAUUAUCUUGACAGCAGAUUGCAAUUCAAAUUCGAGCCAGACACCGAAAUCGAUGCAAAACUGCAAAUCAAUAUUGAUGUAACGGUGGCAAUGCCGUGCGGUCGUAUCGGUGCUGAUGUUUUAGACUCUACGAAUCAGCAUAUGAUAGAUUUUGAUUCUUUGAAGGAAGAGGAUACAUGGUGGGAAUUAACGUCAGAACAAAGGGCACAUUUCGAAGCUUUGAAGCAUAUGAAUUCAUAUUUGAGAGAGGAGUAUCAUGCCAUUCAUGAAUUGCUUUGGAAAUCCAAUCAGGUUACUCUUUACAGCGAGAUGCCAAAGCGAUCAUACGAACCGGAUUACGCACCAAAUGCCUGUCGUGUUCAUGGUAGUCUGAAUGUCAAUAAAGUGGCGGGCAACUUUCAUAUAACUGCGGGUAAAUCGUUGUCUGUGCCACAUGGCCAUAUACAUAUUUCUGCAUUUAUGACAGAUCGGGAUUAUAACUUUACUCACAGAAUCAAUAGAUUUUCUUUUGGCGGACCUAGUCCAGGCAUUGUGCAUCCCCUUGAAGGCGAUGAGAAGAUCGCAGACAACAAUAUGAUGCUUUAUCAGUAUUUCGUCGAGGUUGUCCCUACAGAUAUCAGAACAUUAUUAAGCACUUCUAAGACAUACCAAUAUAGUGUCAAAGAUCAUCAGAGACCAAUCGAUCAUCAUAAAGGAUCUCAUGGAAUACCUGGAAUUUUUUUCAAGUACGACAUGAGCGCACUUAAGAUCAAAGUGACUCAGGAACGCGAUACAAUUUUUCAGUUUUUAGUGAAAUUGUGUGCUACUGUUGGUGGUAUUUUUGUUACAAGCGGAUUGAUUAAGAAUGUUGUACAAAGCUUCUGGUAUGUUGUAAGCUGCAAAUUUUUAAAUUUGGAGAAGAAAGCAGAUAAUUAUGGAUUAUCUGUCCCAUCACAUUCCACAAAUUAUCGGCCUCCUAAUACUAUAAAUUUACUUGAUAUUACAGCGCCUCAAAGUAUUGAUAUCAUGCAGCCUCAAUAAAAUUUUAUAUUAUGUUUUAUUAUACAGAAGUUCAUAAUUAUAGCGUAAAUCUGUGAAUAUAUAUCGUAAUAUGAAUAUAUGAGUAAUAUUUAUGAUAAGAAGUGAUUAAAUAAUAAUUAAUGACACAUUGAUACAUUUAAUGAUACAAGCCUUUAUUAUUAAAUAUACAAAUGUUCUAAGAAUGUGUAUGAACAGUUUUGUUACAAGAAUGUGUUUAAUACGAAAACAUACGAAAUUGCAAUUAUGGGUGUGCUUAUAGCGUGCGCAUUGUAUUUAAAUAUUGAAUCAUGGAUAUGUACACGCGUAUCUUUGAUGGCAUAAUAGCCACAGUUUUGCGUUCAUAUUAUAGAUAUUAUAGUGAAAGAGAAUUUAGAAUAAAUAAAGCUUUUAAAAUUGCAA